ACCUACCAAUUCCAUUGUAAACCGCAUAAACAGUCGCUUGAAAUUACAUUUACAUUUUACAGUCCCAAUUGUAUUAAAAAUAUGUUUAGGUGGUCGUGUUGGAAGAACUCCAAGUACUCCACGAACUCCCGGAGUUACUCCUAGUAGAGCAGCAAGUACUCCUGGUAGAAGUAGAGCAGGGAGUGCUCAGGGUAGAUCAGGGACUCCCGGUACUCCAGGAACUAGUAGAACACCUUCCAGUGGAGGAAGGACUCCAGCCACUCCGAGCACUCCAUCCAAUAGGAGGAAUGGUCGAGUAUCCUUGUCCAGUAUGGGGAGCAGCACGAGCUCCGAGCGGGAGAAACUGGGACUAUCAUCUGUUCUCUCUCCAGGUCGAGGAAUGUUAGUUCAUUCUCCGCUGGGUAAUAAUCCCAUUCCAGUACACAAACCUACCCAUUCAUCCUCGGUAGACCAGACGGAGGAAUUAAUGGUUAACUCCGUGGCCAAGUCCAUGUGGACGGCCAUCUACGAUUAUGAUGCCCAGGGUGAGGAUGAAUUAAACUUGACGAAAGGUGAUGAAAUCGAGGUGCUAAGUAAAGAUUAUAAAAUCUCCGGGGAUGAAGGAUGGUGGACGGGUAAAUGCCAGGGUAAGGUCGGAGUCUUCCCGUGUAAUUUUGUAGCACCCUGUGAUCUGGAUUUUUCAAAUUUAUCCAAGGAAGAAUUGAAACGGUUCUAUCCCCCGCAUAUAUCCUGGUCUGAACUCCAGGUGGGGGAGGUAGUUGGUGCAGGAGGAUUCGGAAAGGUUUUCAGAGGUUACUACCGAGGUCACGAAGUUGCCGUGAAAGCGGCCCGACGAGACCCUGACGAAGUUCCCGAAGAAACAAAGAAUAAAGUGCUCCAAGAAGGAAAACUGUUUUGGCUUCUCAAACAUCAGAAUAUAGUUGGACUACUUGGAGUGUGCCUAGAGGAACCAAACCUUUCACUAGUUAUGGAAUUUGCCCGCGGAGGAGCUCUAAAUCGGGUUCUGGGUGGACGAAAAAUCCGACCAGAUGUCCUUAUCGACUGGGCGAUUCAGAUCGCCCGAGGCAUGGCCUAUCUUCAUCAUGGUGCUCCCAUAUCCCUAGUCCAUCGAGACCUCAAGUCUUCCAAUGUGCUAAUCCUCGAAAUCAUUGAUAAAGAUGAUGAUCUGUUGUUUAAAACCCUGAAAAUAACCGAUUUCGGUCUAGCCCGGGAGUUUGCAAAUACAACGAAAGUAACCGCUGCCGGGACGUACGCAUGGAUGCCUCCUGAAGUGAUAAAAACUUCAACCUUCAGUAAAGCAUCAGAUGUCUGGAGCUAUGGCAUUCUUCUUUGGGAACUAUUGACGGGAGAAACCCCUUAUAAAGGAAUUAAUGACAUGGCAAUAGCAUACGGGGUAGCUAUGGGCAAACUGGCGCUACCCAUUCCUUCAACAUGUCCUGAAGACUGGAGAGGAUUGAUGGAAGGAUGCUGGGAAUAUGAUUGUCAUGCCCGGCCUAGUUUUAGUUCUAUUCUUCAGAGUUUAGAUACGCUUGCUCAUUCAACAUUUAACAGUCUUCCAGGAGAUAGUUUCCACCUGAUGCAACAGGAUUGGAAGGUAGAGAUCGCUGACCGUCUUACAGAGAUCAGAGUUAAGGAAAAUGUAUCUAGGCAACAGGCACGGAAAUAUUUCCUGUUUAGGAGCAGAUUGUUAAAGAAAGAAGCUUCUGCAAGUUCCUCAGUUAUAUCUGCUCCUUCAGACUUUCGACAUAAAAUCUCUCUGACUCAUUCCCACUCAGACCUUCUCAGCUUAGAUCAAAACAAUGGUGUUAAUGAGGAUUUCCGGCAUACAAUGACAAUACAAGAUAUGGAACAUAAUUAUCCUGGGUCACCAACACUAACCAGACUCAGGGCUAUUGCAUUGCCCGCAGACGGUGUUAAAGGGAAAACCUGGGGCCCCAGCACACAUUCUAACAAACAACGACCAAAUAUUGUUGACAGUCAAAACAGGUGGAGUAAAUCUGCACCCUCACUAGAGAAACGCCCACUCCUCACCCCGCCGUCUUUGUCAGAAGCUCACGAGGAUUAUUCGUUUUACUUUCAUCCAUCUUACUCCGAGUAUACACUGACCUCUCGGCCCUCUAGUUAUUCUUGUACCCUACCCAACUCCACGCAUUCAAAUUGUUCAAAAUCUAAACAUUUCCUUUCAUCACCGCGCUCAUUUAUUAGUCGCACUAAUAGAUUAUUCAACAAUAAUGAGAAUGUGGACGUUUACAGGACUACUCCUCUUCCAACGUUAUAUGCGGGCACUUCAGACCAACCACAGGGGAAAAUGGGUGCUAUACAGAUGCUGUUGUACAAUAUGUCCUCUAUGCUUGCUAGUGUCGCUGCUGGUUAUGAUGUCAGGUUAAGUAAUGUGACUCCUAUCCACCCUAAACUAGGACCAGGAAGGGAGGAAGGGGGUAGGAUAUCUCCCCCUCCCCCUCGCCUCUACCCACACAAUACUUAUCAUGGGCACACCCCUCACCACCGCACCCCACUACCCGGUCUCUCACCUGAUCUUAAACCCCUGAGAUUCACAGAUUCCCCCCAGCACGCCCCUGGUUACAAGCACGGCAGGAAGGUAUCAAUCGACUCGAGUGAAGAGGGUGUGGUCGUGUAUCCCCUCCCUCCUCCUGUAGCAACUGGACCAGGUUUAGACCGUCCUCUUCAUGCACCUCAUCAGGUAACUUUAUAUCCCUCCACGUGCAAACUUUAUAUUCCUACACGAAUAUAUACUUUAUAUCCUUAUAUAUCCUCGCUAAAGAAGUCCAACUACUCGUAUGCUCCUGGAACAGGAGCAGGGCGUGUCUCCCCCUGGUGGGGUGGAAGCGGGGGUGGGACCCCAACCAAUGACCGGCCUACCCCGGACUCAAGCAGUGACGAAGUCGGUUUUCCACUCUCUAAAGCAGACUCAGGCUUUGUUAGCUCAGGCAGCAGAUUAGUUAGGUUCUCCCCCUCCCCCUACAGCCAGGGUAAGGAGAAGUCAGGGCAGUACACUGGUGGACAAAGAACUCCCCAUCUUCUUGUUCAUUCCCAGCACUACAAGAGGACAAGGAUUUGGAGCCAAUGUGAGUCAAGGAUUCUGCAUCUGCCAACAGGAAUCCAGGAUAAUGCAUCAGCCAACAGGAAUCCUGGAUUCUGUAUCAGCCAACAGGAAUCCAGGACAAUGCAUCAGCCAGCAGGAAUCCAGGAUAAUUCAUCAGCCAACAGGAAUCUAGGAUUCUGCAUCUGCCAACAGAAAUCCAGGAUUUUGCAUCAGCCAACAGGAUCCAGGAUUCUGCAUCAGCCAAUAGGAAUCCAGGAUUCUGCAUCAGCCAACAGGAAUCUAGAAUUCUGCAUCAGCCAACAGGAAUCCAGGAUUCUGCAUCAGCCAACAGGAAUCCAGGAUUCUGGAUCAGCCAACAGGAAUCUAGAAUUCUGCAUCAGCCAACAGUAA